UUUAGUAUCGUACAUGCAUUUGAAGCGAACGUACAUGUUUGGAACGAAGCAAAUUGAUCACAUGAUGUGCGUCUCUACUCUUUCGACUCCGACGUAAGAAAACUCUAGAGAUAAUACGAGAUUUGAAGGAGAAAGAAGAACUAUUACGUAGAGAUGACAGAUCAUGCGCAAGAGCAGGAGAUGGAAAUUGAAGCCCUAAAGGCCAUCCUAAUGGAUGAGUUUGAAGAAAUUCACCCUAGUGAAAGUGGAUUAAACACUUCAAAUCGAUGUUUUCUAAUUAAGUUAUCUCUUCAGGAUGAUGAGACAAAUGAAUCUUCAACAAGUCCAGUUCAAUUGGGGUUAAUUUUUUCACACACUGAGAAAUAUCCAGAUGAAAUUCCACUUUUGAAUUUGAAAAGUAUUAAAGGAAUCCCAGCAUCAGAUCUCAAAGUUUUGAAAGAAAAACUUGAACAAGAGGCAUCAGAAAAUCUUGGAAUGGCUAUGAUUUACACUCUAGUUACAUCUGCUAAAGAGUGGUUUACUGAAAGAUUUGAUCAAGACACUGACAAUGACAAUAUCAAAGAGGAAACAGCAAAUAAGGAUGAAAUAAUUGUGCCACGUGGAGAACCUGUCACUGUUGAAACAUUUUUGGCAUGGAGAGAAAAAUUUGAAGCAGAAGCAGCCCUUGAGAGAGCCAAAGUGUUGACAGAAUCAGCCCUGGCAACAACCAAAGAAAAGAAACUCACUGGAAGACAAUGGUUCCAAAGUGGAAGAGCUUCUGCAAGACAUGCAACACCACCAAUUAUGGAAGGAUCUAAUGAUGAAGACGAUGACGAUGAUUUUGAUGAUGAUUCUGAAGAUGAUGAGGAUAUGCUGGAUCAUUAUCUAGCUGAGAAAUUCGAUUCAUCUAAUAAUUAAUUCUUCAGCAAUAGCCACUUAGAUAAAAUUGUUAUUUUCUGAUGGAGCACAAUAAUUCUAUUUAUUACUCAAUAAGUGGUUUGUGAAAAGUUUAAAAAGAUUUCUGUUUGGUUGUAUGAUGAUACUAGAAUAAGUUGAUCGGUGUAAAAUAAUUUUAUGAACCAAACACAUACCCAUAUUACUGUAUUCGAAUUAAUAUUCAUUGAUUUGAACCCAUUUUAUCA